GGGUCCGGACCAAUCAGCGGGCGCGUUGUUGGGCGGUGUGGGGAGCGGGCCGGCGCUGAGGGCAGCGGGGAGCCAAGAUGGUUCUGGAGAGCACCAUGGUGUGCGUGGAUAACAGCGAGUACAUGCGGAACGGGGACUUCCUGCCCACGCGGCUGCAGGCGCAGCAGGACGCCGUGAACAUCGUGUGCCACUCCAAAACCCGCAGCAACCCCGAGAACAACGUGGGGCUCAUCACCCUGGCCAAUAACUGCGAGGUGCUGACCACGCUGACGCCGGACACCGGGCGCAUCCUGUCCAAGCUGCACACGGUGCAGCCCAAGGGCAAGAUCACCUUCGGCACCGGCAUCCGCGUGGCCCACCUGGCGCUGAAGCACCGGCAGGGCAAGAACCACAAGAUGAGGAUCAUCGCCUUCGUGGGCAGCCCCGUGCAUGACAGCGACAAGGACCUGGUGAAGCUGGCCAAGCGCCUGAAGAAGGAGAAGGUCAACGUGGACAUCAUCAACUUCGGGGAGGAGGAGGCCAACACGGAGAAGCUGACGGCGUUCAUCACGGCGCUCAACGGCAAGGACGGCAGCGGCUCGCACCUGGUGACGGUGCCGCCGGGGCCCAGCCUGGCCGACGCCCUCAUCAGCUCGCCCAUCCUGGCGGGCGAGGGCGGCGCCAUGCUGGGCCUGGGCGCCUCCGACUUCGAGUUCGGCGUGGACCCCAGCGCCGACCCCGAGCUGGCCCUGGCGCUGCGCGUGUCCAUGGAGGAGCAGCGGCAGCGGCAGGAGGAGGAGGCGCGCAGGGCGGCGGCGGCGUCGGCAGCGGAGGCCGGGAUCGGCGCGGCCGGCGGGGACGAGUCGGACGAGGCCCUGCUCAAGAUGACCAUCGGGCAGCCGGACUUUGGCCGCGCGGGGCUGCCGGACCUGAGCUCCAUGAGCGAGGAGGAGCAGAUCGCCUACGCCAUGCAGAUGUCCCUGCAGGGCGCCGAGUUCGCCCAGGCCGAGGCGGCUGAGGGGGACAGCGGAGCGGCCAUGGACACGUCCGAGCCCGCCAAGGAGGAGGACGACUACGACGUGAUGCAGGACCCCGAGUUCCUGCAGAGCGUCCUGGAGAACCUGCCCGGCGUGGACCCCAACAACGAGGCCAUCCGCAACGCCAUGGGCUCGCUGGCCUCGCGCGACGCCCGCGACGCCCGCGACGCCGGCAGGAAGGAGCAGGACAAGAAAUGAGCCCCAAACCCGCGGGGAAAAACCUGUGGGGAAACCCACGGGGAAAAACCCACGGGGAAAAACCCACGGGGAAAAACCACGGGGAAAAACUCACAGGGAAAACCCGCAGGGAAAACUCACAGGGGAAAAACCACGG